AUGUUUGUUUUAAAGGACCCCCCUGGCAUACAGCUGUACGUGUCAGUGAAGGUUGUGGUGCUGAAUGGGGUCUCCCUGAACAAAUACAGGUGUCGGCGAGGCAGUAUCUCCUUGGAAGGCUUGCACUCACACCUGUACAAUGCCAUUCCCUCACAGAGAUGUGGAGUUAUGCCAUUCCAAUGGAACAACCGCAUGGAAUCACUCCGUGUUGCUGGUGGUCAUGGCAGGCAGACGUGGUGUACGGACCCGCAGCAGAUUCAGCGCAUAAAUCAGAAGGCCGAGGUGCUCUUCGGUAAAGAGCAUGUCCUCGAGCCUAACUUUGCUGCUCCAAUGCCCUACCCUGCUGUAUACAAGGACCCAGACGAGGUGGAGCUCCUUGGAGUAGAGUAUGCCAUGUGCCAGUCAACCAGCUUUACUGCAAGGGAUUACUAUGCCCAGCAAGUUGAGGAAGAGCAGUCCCGUGAAGAAGAGGAGACGGCUGAACAAAGUGAGGACAAGCUGGCAGAUGAGGGUGUGGACAUGGGUGUAGAGUCAGAGGAGGAUCCUAUGGACGCUGUCAGUGACAAACAUGUCAUCCUCACUCAAUCAGAACAGGUGGAGGAGGAGGACAGUCCUGCUAUGCAGGAUGUGCUGAUGACCCAGAGCCAUCUGCAUCUUCCUGGGCUGGAGGAAGUGGAAGCCUUGGCCCUGCUCCUUUUAGAACUGGCAGACGACAGUGACCGUCACCUAGUGCCAGCUGACCUAAGGCUGAAGAUUGCCACUGCAGUCGCUGCACUGCAUGAGCAUGACAGGUCAGCAGCCAACUUUGUAAAAAGGUAUGAGUCUAGGUGGGGUUACACCCUGUUUGGCAGAUGCUUGGGAGCUGAUACACCUGAGAGCAGAGCCGCACAGAAGACAAAGUUUUCUUGGAUGAGGCAGCCCAGGUGACUGAGGAUAGUCGUCUGUGUUACCUCGUUAUUAAGAUGCUGAAAAACCGGCCACCUGCCAGUCGUCUCACCUCCCCCACUAAAAUCACCAAUGCAAUCAAGGGCCAGUAUAAAAGGAUUGUAGACCGAGUCAGAGACGAUCCCAUUCUUAAUGGUCUCUCCAUUCCUCUGCCCAAUCUGAAUGCCAAGUCCAUCUCUACAUUCAUGGCACGGGAAGAGAAGAAGGCUAACUACAGGGCAACCGUAAUGCCAAAGGUGAAACCCCACCAAAGAGUGCUGUCAGAAGAACCAAUGCCAGCAGCUCCUACUCUGCCAGAAUCUUUUCCAGCUCCAGAUCGAC